UUUUUUCGAUGAAAAAAAUGUGUGUAUAUUUACUAAAAUAAAUAAGUAAACCAAAUAACUUUGAUUUUGAUCAGUACGACAUUUUAUCAACAAAUAUUUUUCUUGUUUUCUUUAUUUUGUUUUUGUUUUUGUUUUUGUUUUCUGGUUGAAUUUGUGAUUAUCAUUACUUUAAUUUUGAAAUCCGUGAUUCAACAUUAGAGAUGAAAAACGCACAUGGUCCAUAAAAGUUUUUUUUUCUUUCGUAAAACAUGAAUCAUUGGGAAAAUGUUCAAUCAUCAAGAAUUUCCGAUACUUUAUUCGAAGAUGAAAAUCAUCAUCAUUAUUAUGAUGAUAAUGUUGAUAAUUGUAUUUUGUCAAUAAAUCAUGAUAGAAAAUUAUCAACCGAAAAUUUUGGAUCAUCAUCAUUGUCGCCGUUUGAAUCAAUAGCAAUAACAUCGAUCGACAAAUCUAAACAAUUAUAUCAUCAACAACAGCAACAACAACAACAACAACAGAAGCCAAAUUCUCGGACAUCAUCGCCGGCACUUGUCUUCGAUCAAUCGAUAUUUGGAACAAACGAUUUUUCUUAUAUUGAUGAUUCAAUAUUCUCAUUAUCAUCAUCACCAUCAUCAUCAUCAUCAUUAUCGUUGCUUACAUCGUCAAUUUUAUUCGAUGAUUAUGAUCGAUUUUUUGAUCAACAACAACAACUUGAACAAAUGACCAAUAAUCAAAAUUUGUCAUCAUCAUCAUCAUCAUCAUCGUCCUUACCAACAACACAACCGAAGCCGCAACAAUUUUUACUGCCAUCAUCAUUAUCAUCAUCCGGUUUGAUUACGGAAAUUGUCGAAAUGCAACAAAAACAACCGGUUACAACAGCAACAGAAACAAUGGACAUUCCAGAUGAUAAGAUAAGCAUGAUCGAAACAGAUAUCGUUAUCAAUGAUAAUUCAUUGAUGAUGACAAACGAAAAUGAAUCAUCAAUGAAUCAAUCAAUUUUAUUAAUAAAUAAUUGUGAUGAUAAACAAUCAUUGAAUGAUAAUUCAUAUUGUCUAAAUAAUUUAUGGCCAAUAUCAUCAUUUCCGGCUGAUCCAACAAUGAUGGUUUUUGAUGAUUUAUCAGCAAAUUGGCCAGAUUUUAAUCAAGAAUUAGAUUUGAUAAAUGAUUUAGGAUUUUCACCAGAUCAUCAUCAUAAUCAUCAUGAAAAUCAGUAUCAUAAUUCUUCACAAUUGAAUAAUAUUGAUUAUGAAAUGAAUAGAAAUUCAGCGUCAGAAGAAUUUUCAAUUGAAAAUAAUGACAAUAAUUAUCAUAGUAAUAAUACGGAUCAUCAGUAUGAAUCAAUAAUAACUGAAUCAAAUAAAUCUAGUCCAUCAAUACUAUCAUCAUCAUCAUCAUCAUCAUCUUCUUCAUCAUCAUCAUCGUCUUCCUCGUCGUCAUCAUCAUCGUCGUCAUUCAACAUAUCGACGACGACAUCAUUAAUGAUGAAUGAUUCAGGAAUCGGCAGCGAUACAGAAAUAUCAAUGAAUUCAUCAACAACAACAACAUUAACAGAUUCUAUUUCUCCAUCAUAUUCACCAUAUGAUAAUAAUCAUAAACAUCAUAAUCAUCCAUUGGGAAUUUUCAAUCAUUCUACAAAUAUAUCUACAUUCAAUCGAUCUUAUAAUUCGAAUAAAGAUCAUCAUCAUUAUAAUCAAUAUGAUCCAUUUUUAAGCGAUACAAGUACCUAUCAUACGAACAAUUAUUAUUAUAAUAAUCGAAAUGAUUAUCACUUAAUUCAACCUAAAAUGAUUGAUUCGAUUAAUCAGUGUAACAUCGGUAAUGUAGAUAACAUAACAAAUUCAUUAUCAUCAACGCCAUCACCAUCAUCAUCAUCAAAAGCAACAGAAUCUUCAUGUUAUAAUAAUAAUAAUAAUAAUAAUAAUUUAUCACAGAUUCAAUUUUGUGAAGAAUUUUUUAAUUCAACAGUAUCUUUAGCGCCAUCUAAGCUUAAUGAAUCAAAUUUGAUUGAACAGGAACAAAAAAUCGCCAUUCAAAAAACAGCAAUAAAAACACCGAAGAAAAUUGGUCGACCACCGAAAAAUAUGAAUAAUAAAAGUAAUGAGAAAAAAACAAAUAACAAUAAAGUGAACAAAAAACAAAAGUUAACAUCAACAACAACAGCCACAAUAAUAAAUGCUAACAAUAAUUUAUCCGAAACAAAUGAACAAUCAUACAACGUUGAACCUAUUCCAACCAAAUCAUUGAAUCAACAAUCGAUAAAUAAUAUGACGAAUGAUAAGCAAUUUGUAUGCACAUAUGAUGGCUGUGGUAAAAUCUAUUCAAAAUCAUCACAUUUGAAAGCACAUCUUCGUCGCCAUACGGGAGAAAAACCAUUCGCAUGUGAUUGGCCUGAAUGUAGUUGGAAAUUUUCACGUUCAGAUGAAUUAUCUCGUCAUAGGCGAUCACAUACAAAUGAUAAACCAUAUGAAUGUCCAAUAUGUCAUAAACGAUUUAGCCGUAGUGAUCAUCUUAAUAAACAUCUCAAAGUACAUCGUAAAGAUUUUCCUGAAUCAAAAUUUAAUUUUACAUUCUAUAUGCGUCGUGGUCAGGUUGGAAGGCGACCAAAAUCGGUUAGUUAUUUGAAUCAGGAAGUAAUGCAAGAACAGAAACGUCGUAUUGAAAAUCAAUUGGCUGCAGCCAAAAAAGAAUUACUAAUGAAACAAUCACAAUCAAAUAAAGAUUUAUUGGCCGAUAAUAAUCUUGAUAAUUAUUGUAAUCAAAUUGUCGACAAUCAAAAUUCAUCAACAAUUAAUCAAUCAAAUAAUAAUGAUAAUCACAAAGUUUAUCAUGAAAUCAUAACUAAUCAAUAAUUUAUGAUUUCAAUAAUGACCGAUAUUUUUUUCAUUUUUUUUCUCAGAAAAAAAUUAUCAAUUCAAUAUUGAAACAAUUUUAUUAACACUGGAUUCCUAUAAUUUCAAAAUAUUUUU